CCGAAGAUCUCUAUCUCCCGGCUCCGGUGAUGAUGCUCGACUGCCGAGCCGCUACCGGGGCCCAAAGACCGAGACGGCGGCGUGGGGAGCAGCUGGGACUGAGUCCGGGGCCACUAGAGACCGGGAGACUCCAUCUCCCCACCUGAGCAAUAUGAAGGUUUCUUUCAUCGAGCCCGCCAUUCUCCUAAACGCGUUUGCUAUGACGCUGACCAUCCCGCUGACAGCGCAGUACGUGUACCGGAGGAUAUGGGAAGAAACCGGGAACUACACCUUUGCUUCCGGUAGCAAUGUCUCUGAAUGCGCGCAAAACAAAAGCGACCCGAUCUUUGCAUUCCGGGAGGAAGUUCAGAAAAAGGCAUCUCUCUUCAACCUGCAGGUGGAAAUGAGUGGGUUAAUUCCUGGUCUGGUGUCUACCUUCAUGCUUUUGUCCAGCAGCGACAACCAUGGACGGAAACUCCCCAUGGUUCUGUCCUCUCUUGGCUCUCUGGGAACCAACGUUUGGCUGUGUGCGCUGUCCCACUUCAAGCUUCCACUCCAGCUUCUGAUUGCGUCCACCUUCAUUGGCGCCCUCUUUGGGAAUUACACCACAUUUUGGGGCGCUUGCUUUGCCUACAUUGUGGAUCAGUGUAAAGAAUACAAGCAGAAAAUCAUUCGAAUAGCCAUCCUCGACUUUAUGCUUGGAGUCGUUACUGGGCUAACGGGUCUGUCAUCUGGCUAUUUUAUCCAAGAACUGGGCUUUGUGUGGUCCUAUUUCAUCAUUGCCGUAGUCCUUAUGGCCAACCUGGCGUACAUCGCGUUUUUCCUCAAUGAUCCCAUAAGGGAGUCUUCAGCUCAGGUUGUCACUGCGUCCUGCCAGGAGAGCCUCAAGGAUCUAUUUUACCGGACUUACAUGCUUUUUAAAAACGGCUCCAGUAAGCGGCGAUCUUUGCUCUGUCUGCUGAUUUUUACCAUUGUCGUUUACUUUUUUGUGAUAAUUGGCAUUUCCCCAAUUUUCACACUUUAUGAGCUGGGCUCUCCGCUCUGCUGGGAUGAGGUUUAUAUAGGCUACGGCACAGCUUUGGGCAGUCUCUCCUUUCUGAGUAGUUUCCUCGGCAUAUGGCUCUUUUCCUACUGCUUGAAGGAUCUUCACAUUACCUUUAUUGGCAUUCUUACCACCAUGGUGGGGAUGGUCCUCGCGGCUUUCACCAGGACCACUCUGAUGAUGUUUUUAGUCAGGAUCCCGUUCUUUUUCUCCAUCAUGCCACUCUCUGUCCUGAGGUCCAUGAUGUCAAAGGUGGUCCACUCGACUGAACAAGGUGCGUUGUUUGCUUGCAUUGCUUUCUUAGAAACACUGGGUGGAGUGGCUGCGACCUCGGCUUACAGCGGUAUUUAUUCAGCCACUGUUGCUUGGUGCCCUGGCUUCAUUUUUCUGCUGUCUGCCGGCCUCCUCAUCCUCCCAGGUAUCAGUCUAUGGGCUGUCAAGUGCAUUGGCUGGGAAGAGGGGAGCUACACAAUGUUUGUCCCGGAAGAGCCCAGUGAGCACCCGUCAGACUGACGACAGUCGGCAGUAAUGCACAGGUCAUACCCAGGACUCCAGAAGAACACACACCCCACAACCAGUAUUUCAUUCGCAAUCUGUAUCAAAAGUCCUGUUUCCUAAACGGAGCGAGCUGUGAGGCUCUCCUUGGACCAGAGAAAGUGGAGCGCAGGAGGGCUUGGGAAACGGCAAUAAGACGAAGCAAUAAUCUAACUGACAUGCUCCAGCCUCUCACGUGGAAACCACGGAGUCCCAGCCUCAGUCCAUCUGCACAGCGGGCUUCUGACUGCUCAGGGAUUUUGAAGACUUAAUGAAGAAUUUUUAUGCUGAAUAAUCACUGAUAUGAAACUAAUGUUCCAGGCAUUUAUAAUUCUUCCUAUACUUGAUUGAUGCUGGAAGAUCCUAUCAAAGCUCUAUUGAUGGAUGCAAAAACCCUUGAAGAGAAGCAUUUUUUAAAAUACAUAUUUUUCACUUUUCCUAAUA